CCAGACAUGAAGACGACAACAACAAGGUUUUUGCUAGUGUCGUUCAAAUAGAGUGAGAUACCCUCCCCCAAAGCCUCAAUUGAGUGUGGAACAUGGCUAUUGGGCCCCCGGUCUUGGGCCUGCUCGCCCUUUUAUUGACCCUUGUGACUUGUGAGAGGCAGUUGACCCCUUCAGAGCGGAAGAUCGUGUCCGAUGCCUUCCUAAAGACGUUUCAGAUGAGUCAAGUGCCGCAGAUCAGAAAGCCUCGCAGUGAAGUCGACAUCCCGGAUUUCAUGAUUGAGCAGUACCGCGAGCAAACCGGACUUGACGUAGACACAACCAACUUCAGGAAGCCCGGAGCUUUCACAGGGCAUUCCAACACUCUCACCACGUUCCCGGGGAAGCUCUUGAAGCAUCCCGGCACCAUGGUGAAGAAGGGAACGAUCGUGGAAGAUCAGACGGUGCUGCAAUUUGACUUUCAGUUCGACCCCAAAGACAAUGACAUGCAAGCUGCCAUUCUCAAAGUGUAUUGGAAGCCCUUCCUUAGCAUUAAGCGCAAAUCCGGCAGCUUCCGAGCCAAGGUGUCUGAUCUGUUGAAAUUGGGCCACGACCGAGAUUCGCAAAUAUUCUCGCCAUUAGACUCCAAAAAGAUUCAUCACCGAGAUUCAGAACUAGAUGAGGGUUGGUAUGAGUUCGACGUCACAGGUGCCGUGGAACGAUGGCUCGAGCAAAGCCCGCAAAGGACCCGUCUACUCAUCGAAAAGAGUCGUAUGAAGGUCAAAGGCUACUCCAAGGACGUUGGGGUCCUAGCCCAGGGGUCGUUUCAGAAUCCUCACCUGAUGGUUUUCAGUGAAAGCUCAGCCCACAAGGCUAGAAGGGAGCGGCGGAGUCCGCGCAACAAGCCCAAACGGGCCAAACAUCGGCGACGUCUCCGUCGAAGCUAUCCUUGCGAACGUCAAAGCAUGUUCGUAGACUUUGCCGACGUGGGCUGGAAUGAUUGGAUCGUUGCACCCGCCGGCUACAAUGCCUACAUGUGCGUGGGAGAGUGUCGGUUUCCGCUCCCGGAUCACGCCAACGCCACCAACCAUGCGGUGGUACAAACUCUGGUCAACAGUGUCACUCCGAAUGCAGUGCCGCAAGCCUGCUGUGUACCCACGGAUACGUCUCCCAUAUCCAUGCUGUACCUGAAUGAAUACUCGAAGGUCGUGCUCAAAAACUACCAAGACAUGGUAGUGGAAGGCUGUGGCUGUCGAUAGCGACCAGCUGGACAUGUCGCUUGACUCAGGCCCACUUUGACGCGAGUGCAAUCCUGGAAACCACAUUUCAGUCAUGAUGGAUGGAUGGAUCCUGCUCCCGGCGGUCCGCCAACCCCCCACACAACUACAUUACGACUACGAUUACAUGAAUCAAAAUGUAUGAAUUCUAUAGUACCUGAGAGCUCCUAUAUAUAUUAGAAAGUUCCAUUACCCUAUUUGCUCAUCUCAAUUAUGCUUCAAAACCAAGCCACGCCUCACCACGUGGUUGUUACAUGUGCGUUUGUGUACGAAUUGUUGUAAAGAUGGCUCUCCUUUUUUUUGACCCAUAAAGUAGUAUUCAAAUAUAUUGUUGAGACCAUGCUAAA